AUGGAGGAAGCUACGCUGCGUGCUAAAAUUCAGGCCAUGAAAAACCUGCUGCAGGCCAAGCGGCAGCAAGUGAACGCAGGAGCGACAGAACCAGCUUCGGCAGCUAUCAGCGACGCCCACAAAGCGCCGCAAUCCGGCCACUAUCAGUCACGAAAGUAUACGCGUCCGACGCCAGGGAACCGCUCGUGGAACCGCUUCUCGCCUCUAGCUGUAUCUGUGGAUCACCGGAGUCACGCAAGUACUGGAAGUGCGAAUAAAGUAUGGAGGAGAGAAGACGCGGCGACGAUGGGGGCUGUGGUGCCGGUAAAUGCUGGUGGGAAGGCGAAAGCAGUGGAGGUGGUGAGGAAGGCCAGGACCUCGAACAGACCAAUGAAGGUGGCUGCAAACAAGAGCACGAAGGUGCAGGUGCUGCGACUAGAAGAUGGGGAAUACGCGAAAGCGAGCGGUGGUUUUAGUCUCAUUCGAGCAGGGACGAAGCCUGUACUUUCGAGACAUUCUGACACCCAAGAUAGAACUGCAGUGCCUACGUCAACACCACGUUCGAACAGCAAUUCGGUGCAGAUUGGUGGCGUGAAGUACGUGGUUGCGAAUGGAGGCAAGGUAUUGAAACGGUGUGUUUCGGAGGAAAGCAAGAUGACUGCGACUUACAAACCGGACUCAAUGAGCCUGGUGACCAAGAGCAGGGCUGCUCGUGCCGUACUCUACCGAGCUAAAGCUACUAUGCAACGAGCCCGAAGCCACCGCCUUCAUGCGGCAAAAAAGCCGGCAACUGUCCGCACGGUGUAUUGUUCAUUUUACAAUCGCUUCGGUUUCUGUAAGAACAAGAAUGCGUGUAGGUUUAUUCAUGACAGUCGGCACGUAGCGAUGUGCCGAAAGUUUCUAAAGAAUGAGUGCGUCAAUCCCAAGUGCUUGCUGGCGCAUCAGCAUGACGAGAACAAGGUUCCUGACUGCAAAAUGUUCCUUCGCGGAGCAUGUACACGAGAGAACUGCAAGUAUCGCCACGUAAAAGUGAGUGCAACGGCGAAGGUCUGUGAAAUGUUUAUCAAGGGAUAUUGUCCCAAGGGAGGGGAAUGUUCGCUUCGUCACGAGCUUCCUCUCUUGAAGCGUAAGUUGCCUAGACCUGCAGCACUUGAGCAGAAAUUAUCCAGCAACCCGCCGGUCGAUUCAGGUACGUUGUCGCCUCGACCGAUGAGUGUAUCAGACCAGCCGCUUGCGUCGUUGGGCCCAGGAAGUCCUCAUGAGGUUGAUCCCGAGCUGUUGAUCCGGCCAAACAUACGCUUUGCAUCCAAGCACAGUGCAGGGUUCCCAUUGUUUUUUGGUGGACUGCGGAAGUGA